AUGCGGAAGCCUUGUAUGCUUACAGGUCAGUCCGCUUUCCUGAGAUGCGCCAUGUCGCCCUUCCGGCUUGCGCUGGUACCGGCUCUGAUUGCUGCCAACCAGCUGAGCAACGAGACUGCGCGUGAGAAGGACGAAACGUGUGCCCUUCAAAAGCAGGCCGUAGCUGGGCAGCCGGCCAACUCCUCGGUGGCGUUGUUGGAAACCUCAUUCAGCAACCAGCAGGUGUGCGAAUUACUUGGCGGCAUCUACAAACAAGACAAGUGUGGGCCUCGGGCGUGUGGCUCACUCGGGGGCAGCGGUUGUGGAGGUCGUGGUGACGGCUGCUGCUUGUCCCAUUACACUAGCAAACCCAAGUGCCAAGAUGCAUGCGCUCCACCUUGCGUCUGGGACGGUUCGGCAGCGAAUACCUACAAGAAGUGUUUUUGUGGAUCAUCUGGCUCCUUCACGUCUGUCAAGUACCCCAGCGCAAGUGCCACCAUCUCGGGGUGCUCUUAUCAGGUCAAUAACGACUUGAAGGCAUAUGCUUGGCUGCAUGAACACACGAACUGCGGAGGUCAAAACUACCGAACCCCUUGGGAUCCAGCCGAGUCCAGUGGUGUUCAUGGUGGAAACCUCAAUCACCGGAGACGUAGAAUAAUGAACGACAAGACAUCCUCCGUGGAGGUUUGUGUGGACACCAAAAGCGGCGUCCUCGCAUCUGUGAACCUCUUCGAGCACUACAACUUCAAGGGCCGUAGGUUGACCUUGAUCUGCGAUCCCACCCACUUUAUGUCGCAGACCAGCCAGGAGUGUGCCGUGCCUAGCCCAGACCAAGUAGGCUUUGGCAGCGGGGAUGUGGACCCCUUUGGGAUUGUCCUUUGGACUGUUGGCACUGCCACCUCAGUUGCCCUCAAUGCUGGGUUCGCAGCCUUCACCAGUAUUGUUGCAGCGUUUUCAAUCAAACUCGCAAUCGCAGCCGCGCUGGGGGCUGUAGCGUUUGGUGGUAUUGUGGUCGCAGUCAUGGGCGCCGUAGCCUUGGCAGUGGUGCUUGCCUGGAAUGCAGCCAAUGAUGGAACCCGCUACUGUUGUUCCUGGAACCUGAACGGAGAGUUGGGUGAGUUCAACGACCAAAUCUCUUCCUACAUGGCCUUUCCAGUUUCUGUGCCCAUGCGAAUGGAAAACAAGGACAGUCGGUGGUGUCUCACAGGUGCCGGCAGUCAGCAACGCACUGCUAACGGAAACACCUGGGCUGCCAAUGAAGUCUACGAAGCCAGUUGCUCAGGCACAGACAGGGAGAAGUGGUACUGGACCGACGAUGGGCUACUGAUCAAUUUUGACUCUGGCAAGUGUCUCGACAACAGCCUUGGCGGCGCCUUCCCGGUGAAUGAUGUUUACGAGUAUCGCUGCACUGGAGGAGACAACCAGAUAUGGAAAAGGCUAACCGAUGGCCGCUUCGAAAACAAGAAAACCGGCCUCUGUUUGGAUGCCAGUCGUGGUGGCUCCUUUCCCAGGCGCGAUGUCUAUGCCUAUCCCUGCACCCGUCGCCGGCGCCGUGGUGCAGGCCAUAACAAUCAGUGGUGGAUGAAGGGCUACUGA